UCCUCCUCACAAGGCGCUCUUUAAGCUCCGGUGUUGCCACACAGAGCAGCCAUUCAUCGGCUCUACAGUCAGCCACACACACUCCCAUGUUGAACCACUGGACAUCUAAAUUGAUGGUUUUCAGGUGUAACUGGUUUUGCUGAAACGGAUUUCCAGCCGACGGUGGAAAGGAUUUGGACACUUUUACGCAGCAUUAUGGCUUUGCCUGAGAAGAGUCAGCAAUAACUGGGAUCGUCGCAGACAUCUUAUUCAGUUAAAACCAAUCAAUUAGCCUCCAGUGAAUAGUUUGGACUCCUUAAAAAGAAGUUUUGCAUUAGUUGGUUGGUUGUCUUGUCAUUAGUUAAAGGUAAAAAUAAAUACAUAAAUAAUGUCCGGUGAGGAGCACAGCCUGUCUGAGGCGGAACUGAGUCCGGGAGGGUCAGACGAUGGUCACUCCCUGUCACCGACUCAACCCGGAGCGCCAACCCGCCAGGACUCACCUCUGACCGGGCCGCCGCAGCAGCUGACCUCGCUCUGUGUCGCGGAUGGGAGCGAGGAGGACGGAGGCGAUAGAGCCAAAUCAGAGAUCGAGGACGAUCGCUUUCCGAUCGGCAUCAGGGAGGCGGUCAGUCAGGUGCUGGACGGAUAUGACUGGACACUUGUGCCUAUGCCGGUGCGCGUUAACAACGGAAACAAAGCUAAGCCCCAUGUGAAGAGGCCCAUGAACGCCUUCAUGGUGUGGGCGCAAGCGGCGAGGAGGAAACUGGCCGACCAGUACCCCCACCUGCACAACGCGGAGCUCAGCAAGACCUUGGGCAAACUGUGGAGGCUGCUGAACGAGAGCGACAAGAGGCCAUUCAUCGAGGAGGCGGAGAGGCUGAGGAAACAGCACAAGAAGGACUACCCGGAGUACAAGUAUCAGCCCCGGAGACGCAAAAACGGCAAACUAGCGCCUGCUAAUGAGUCCGACAGCCAGGGGGAAGGGGAGGCCAGCCACUCCCAGUCACACUACAAGACCCUGCAUCUGGAGCACAACGGUGGGGCUGGGUCUCCCCUCGGUGACCUGCACCACCACCACCAUCACCACCACCAUCCUGCUGGUCAGGGUCACAGCCCACCCACGCCCCCCACCACCCCAAAGACAGAGCUCCAGUCUGGGAAACUGUCAGAUGCCAAGAGGGAGGGGGCAGCAGGAGCGGCCGGAGGAUCAGGGGGGUCCAGGGGAGCCCUUGGGGUGGGGGCUGAAGGGGCAUCUGGUGGUCCAUCAUCUUCGAGUGCUAAACCCCACAUCGACUUUGGCACCAUGGACAUCGGCGAGAUAAGCCACGAGGUGAUGUCCAACAUUGAACCAUUUGACGUAAACGAGUUCGACCAGUACCUUCCGCCAAAUGGCCACCCGCAGAGUGGAACUGGGGCCCCUACGGCUGGAUCCUCAGCUUCAUCUUACGCCUAUGCCCUGGCUGCUGCCAGUGGCCACUCAGCGUGGCUCUCCAAACAACAGCAGCAGCCUCAGGCCUCUCCGUCUUCCUCUGACCCCUCCAAGGCCCAGAUCAAGAGCGAGUCCGCGGCUGGGAGCCACUACGCCGAGGCCUCGUCCUCUCCCUCUUCAGGCACCCAUGUCACCUACACCCCGCUCAGCCUCCCUCAUUAUGGCUCUGCUUUCCCCUCGCUGGCCUCCAGGGCUCAGUUUGAGUACGGAGAGCACCAGGCCCCCGGGGCAUACUAUGCCCACUCCAGCCAGGCCCCGGGGCUGUACUCAGCCUUCUCCUACAUGGGCCCUACACAGAGGCCUCUGUACACUACCAUAGGAGACCCCUCCAGUGUGGCCCCCUCUCACAGCCCCACACACUGGGAGCAGCCUGUUUACACCACACUCACAAGACCUUGAGGGAGACCAGCUGAGCAGAGGGAAAUAUGGGAAGUGUGUGAGUGGAUCUGUCUGUGGGUGUGCAAAUAUAUGAGUGUGUGAUUGUGUAUGUGUGUGUGUGUAUGUGUGUGUGCAUGUGUGUGUGUGUGUGUGUGUGUGUGUGUGUGUGUGUGUG